CCAAACGUCACAGACGCUAGGACAGCUCAUCUACUGCGUCCCACUUAGAAAGACCCAGUUAGCCGUGAACAGCUAGCAACCAUUUCUUGCCUUUGAAAGAAGGAAUACUUUUUGACUGAAGUAUACCCAUAUAUUCGAAGCACUGUGUUUGUAAGAAAAUGAAGAGCCAGAGACACUUUGGUUUUUUGUUGCUUUAUUCACUAGUCUAUACGUGCUCGGCGUUUUAUCUUCCGGGUUUAGCUCCAGUGAGUUUUUGUGGAGACGGCACAGAUAGUGAAGAUUGUCAGACUACGAUUCAGCUGUUUGUCAAUCGCUUGGACUCAGUGGAGUCAGUCCUGCCUUAUGAAUAUGAGAUGUUUGACUUUUGCAAAGAUGCCAAGGAAAUGAGGCCUUCUGAAAACCUGGGGCAGGUGCUCUUUGGUGAACGCAUUGAGUCUUCACCAUACAAGUUCAAAUUCAAACAAGAUGUUAAAUGCAAGCAUGUGUGCACAAAAAACUACAAGAAGGGCAACCAGGAUGACAUGAUCAAACUGGAUUUUCUCAAGAUGGGAAUGCAGCUGAACUACCAGCAUCACUGGAUCAUUGACAACAUGCCAGUGACAUGGUGCUAUGAUGUGGAAGAUGAUCAGAAGUACUGCAACCCUGGCUUCCCUAUCGGCUGCCUCGUUACGCAAGACGGUAGAGCUAAAGAUGCUUGUGUUAUCAAUUCUGAGUUCAACAAGAAGAACACAUUUUACGUCUUCAACCAUGUGGACAUCAAGAUCACUUACCACAGUGGAGAGUCAGAAGGAUGGAGAGGGGCUCGGCUCGUUGGUGCCACUCUGGAGCCAAGGAGUAUCAAGCAUGUGGAUGAGAAAAACCUCAACUGCGAAGUAACCAACCCAGUGCAGGUCCCUGUGGAGUUUGAAAAUGAUGUGGCGAUAGUUUACUCCUAUUCUGUCACAUUUGUGGAAAACAAUUCGAUCAAGUGGGCAUCCAGGUGGGACUACAUCCUGGUCUCCAUGCCUCACACCAACAUCCAGUGGUUUAGCAUCAUGAACUCCUUGGUCAUUGUCCUCUUUUUGUCCGGCAUGGUUGCCAUGAUCAUGCUACGAACGCUGCACAAGGACAUUGCCAGAUACAACCAGGUGGACCAGGUAGACACGGUAAAGUUUUCACCGGCCAAGGAGAAAUCCCCUGUACUCUAUGAAGAUGCACAGGAAGAGUCGGGGUGGAAGCAGGUGCAUGGGGAUGUUUUCCGUCCACCCAGGAAAGGCAUGUUGCUCUCUGUGUUCCUCGGACAGGGCACCCAGAUCUUCAUCAUGACCUUCAUCACACUCUUCCUGGCCUGUCUGGGUUUCCUAUCACCGGCCAACAGAGGAGCUCUCAUGACGUGUGCUGUGGUCCUCUGGGUUCUGCUGGGCACGCCUGCUGGCUAUGUGUCUGCGCGUCUUUACAAAACUUUUGGAGGUGAAAACUGGAAGACAAACGUGUUGCUGACAGCUCUCUUGUGCCCAGGCAUUGUAUUUGCAGACUUCUUCUUAAUGAACCUGAUCCUUUGGGUGGAGGGUUCCUCAGCAGCAGUCCCAUUUGGCACUCUGGUGGCCAUUUUGGCUCUGUGGUUUGGAAUCUCUGUGCCUCUCACUUUUGUUGGUGCCUACUUUGGAUUCAAGAAACCUGCAGUUGAGCAACCGGUGCGAACCAACCAAAUCCCCCGUCAAAUUCCUGAGCAGUCGUUCUUUACAAAACCCAUCCCUGGUAUAGUAAUGGGUGGAAUCCUACCAUUUGGCUGCAUCUUCAUCCAAUUGUUCUUCAUUCUCAACAGCAUUUGGUCUCAUCAGAUGUACUACAUGUUUGGAUUCCUGUUCCUAGUUUUCAUUAUUCUACUCAUCACCUGCUCUGAAGCCACAGUUCUUCUCUGCUACUUCCAUCUAUGUGCUGAGGACUACCACUGGUGGUGGCGUUCCUUCCUGACCAGCGGCUUUACAGCAGUUUAUCUGUUCGUCUAUGCUGUGCAUUACUUCUUCUCAAAGCUGCAAAUAAUCGGAGCAGCCAGCACCUUCCUCUACUUUGGAUACACGCUGAUUAUGGUCCUCAUGUUCUUCCUCUUCACAGGUACAAUUGGCUUCUUUGCCUGCUUCUGGUUUGUAAAUAAGAUCUACAGUGUGGUCAAGGUGGACUAGAGGACUGACGGAAAGACUGACUCCGUGCCGUCACAGCACUGGCCUCUUCAGUGUGAUUUUAAGUGGUCUCAACAGACCUGAAGUGAAACCAUCAUUUAUCAUAGAAAAGACCCGAAGAGCAGAGCCCGUCCUCUUUUGUGCUUUAAUCCUACGAUGCUAUUGUUUUCUCUUUUAAAAUAUAUGGAAUUUUGUGUUCACUGGUGAGCAGUAAUGUUUUGAGUGGUACCUUGAAAAUCUGGGGGUUUCAAUGAUCUAGUGGUCAUAAUGAGAAGUGUGUUUUUGGGGGGUUUGCAAAUGUCUUUCUAAUGGAAGUAAAAUGUUUUGUAUUUAGCGUUUGGUUCUGUCCAAUCACUUUUUUUUUGUUUGUUUGUUUUUUUUUUGUUUCCUGUACUAUAAUGAUGAAAAAUAUGUGUACAUAUGUUGUAUAGAGAGAGACCCAGUCAGGGAAUGCUAGUUAAGAUUGUCAUCAUUAUAUGAUCUUCGAUAGAAGCUUGUUUUCUUUUGCUGUAAAGAUGGGGCUUUAAAUCCUUAAAUAUGGGCCUGUGUUCUAGUUCAAAAAUCAUAUAAAACACUGAUAUUGCUAUAAUACUUCCCAUUUCAUUGUAUUUGAUGGCUUUAAUUAAGAUUGCAUAGAACAAAGGGUUCACUUGAUUGAAAAGCAUAUUUGUAUCAUAGAAGAAUAUAUUACAGACACGGUAUGUUGCACAUUAAAAAUGCUCUCUCAGUGCCAUGCCUGACUUGUUUGGCCACAAGACAGAUUCUCACCAUUAUAAUGAACUGAAUUUCAUCAUAAAGUACACAUGCAUCAUUAAGCUGCACCCUUUUGGACUUUAGUUAAUAACUUGUGUUACUGUAACUACACUGCUACCUUUUGCUUCAAGUAGCGUGAAGUCAUCACCCAAGGUGAUAAGGUUUUUACAAAUAAAGGCAAUACUUUAAAA